AUGAGCGUCGACGGGGCAGCUCCCGAUGUGGGAGAAGGAGCAUACCGGAGGCAUCCUCCUCCUCCUCCUACUCACAAUGGGUCCCGUGCCAAUCAAGAUUCAUCAAUGUGUUCGCACAAGGCGCACUCGUCUUUUCGAAUGGACGAGAACGAUGGACUCCUCCGCGACCAAGACAACGUGCCUCCUCCGUCACACCACUCCACCACCACGGCCGCCUCCACCCAUUCCAACAGUACGGCACAAACCAUUGCGGGAGUGGCGGGUAAUAUCCUCGAGUGGUACGAUUUUGCCGUCUUUGGAUUCCUCAGCGACAUUAUUGGAGACGUGUUCUUCCCACCCCAGCAAGGGAACUCCGCUACCGUCAAAUCGUUCGCCGUCUUUGGCGGGGCGUUUUUGAUGCGACCCAUUGGUGGCGUUAUGAUGGGAUACAUCGGGGACGUUUACGGACGAAAAAGGGCACUGGUAUUGUCCAUCUUUCUCAUGGCCUUUCCGACCUUUGCCAUGGGAUGCUUACCGACCUACGAGCAAGUCGGAGCCUUCGCGAUUGUCUUGCUCGUGAUCGUACGGCUGCUGCAGGGGCUCAGUGUGGGAGGACAACUCAUGUCUAGUCUCGUCUUUACGCUCGAAACACACGAAACGACCCAGUGGGGACUUUACGGUAGCUUCGUCAUGGCGGGCGCUAAUCUAGGGACCCUACUCGGCGGCCUCGCGGGCUACGCACUUCGAUCCUUUUUGUCCUACGAACAACUUGUGGCCUGGGGAUGGCGCUUGCCCUUUUGGUCCGGCAUUCUAGUGAGCUUUUCUGGCUUCUACCUACGAUCGCACGAAAACGUCGAGGAUGACCAAAACAGUCGCCACUGUGUAGCCUCCACCCGUGCAGCAGCACCGUCGGGAACCAACACAAUUCGGGAUUCUCAAAAUUCGUCAGACGUCGGCGCCGACCACAAUACUCCUCUCCCAGUUGUGAAAAGCAGCGACGAUUGCGAACCCAUCAUCCCCGCAAUCUCUCCUCCCAAUCCACUCCGCAUUGCCUUCGCCUCACAAAAUCGGCGAUCCCUAUUAGCAGCGGCGUUGGUACCCAUGCUCUGGUCGUCGGGAUUCUACCUUUCCUUUGUUUGGAUGGCCAUCUUUAUGGAAGAUUUGAUAGAAUCGCCCGUUCCACACGCUUUUGGUGUCAAUUCUGCGGCGCUACUAAUUUCCGUCUGCCUCUUCUUUCCCGUCGCCGGGAUUCUCUCGGACCGAUACGGUCGUCGCUUCGUCAUGACGAUUGGUGGAGUUUCCGUGGGAGUGCUAAGCCCCAUACUCGUUCUUGUCAUUGGCAAAGGGAAUGCCUUGAAUGCGUUGGUAGCUCAAUCAUCGUUGGGCGUUGCUUUAUCGUUUUGGGGAGCUCCCAUGUGCGCCUGGUUGGUCGAGGCCUUUGAGCCCGCGGCCCGGCUCACUUCGGUGGCUAUCGGCUACAAUUUAGCACAAGCCACUGUAGGAGGCCUGACACCUUCGGUAGCCACAAUCAUGGUGGAUAGCGUUGGUGUCAACUCACCCGGCUGGAUCUUGACCGUGCUCUCGAUCCUAUCCUUGACGGGUCUAUGGAUUGUAGCCCCGCCCGUUGGCGCUUCGCCACCUGCAUCUUCGACACGCAAACGGACUUUCCAAGCGUUACCAUCUACCGGUGAAUGCGAAAUGGUCGUAACCCAAACAAGCGAGGACGAUACAAGCGACCCUGGGGAGCUAAUUUGA